CUGACUCCACUUUCCUUUCGCUCAUUUCAGUAUCAACGUUCCGUGUUAAGAUUUUCUUUUCUCACAAAUCAUUGUUGAUCAGAAUUGAUUUAAUUUUCUGAUCUUGCAACCAUGACUGUAUCUCAUGAUACUUCAAGAAUUCCUGUACAACCUCAUCUUGAAAGUUCAGACUCGGAACACUCUAAUUCAGACUCUGGUGAAGAUAUUUUUGCUGAAGAGAUUACUAAUUUUGAGGACGAAGACUUGGAAGAUAUAGAUAUAGCUGAUAAAACCACUUCAAGAGAAGCAUUUCUGAAAGCGACUACAGCCUGUUUGAACUCAUGUGAAGCCACCUGUUUUGUUUCUCCAAAUGGCUCCAAGUUUUGGACACCUAACUGCGAUAAGGUUUUUAAACCUCACACAAAUCAGCAUUUUCCAACACUAGAAGAUGCAUUCAGUUUUUAUCGUGAAUAUGGUCGACAUUGUGGGUUUGAUGUUCGUAAAUCAACUGAGAGAACUAAUAGCCGUGGUAAGUUAUUGGCCAAAUAUUUUCAGUGCAGCCGUGGUGGUAAUCCAGAUGCAAACAAAGCUAAAACAGUUGACAGCUCUCAGAAUCGGAGGACCACGUCAAGCAGAUGUUUUUGUCCAGCGCAGAUUAUAAUGAAACCUGCUGGUCAAAGAGGAAUUGUCGUUAUGAGCAUCGUGGAAGAGCAUAAUCAUGCUCUAAUUGAAGGUCAGGAAAGAAUGUUCUUAAGGUGUAAUCGGAAAUUGUCUCUUGCUCAUCAAAAUUUUAUUAUGGACUGCGCUCGUGCAAAUAUUGGUCCUACAAAAGCCUAUACCUUAGCAAAAGAAAUGGUCGGAUCUUAUGAGAAUAUAGGUGCUACCAAGAAUGACUUUAAAAACUUUUCGCGAGAUGUAAAACUUCGGAUUGGGGAACAUGAUGCCGAUCUGAUCCUUGGGAAGUUCAAGGUACACAGAGAGAAGUCCAAAGGUGCUUUCUAUUAUUCUUACAAGGUUGAUCGUGAAGGACACCUAACGGGACUCUUUUGGACUGAUGUUAUUGCUCAAGCAAAUUAUGAGGUUUUUGGCGAUAUUGUGUCCUUUGAUCCAACUUUUCGCACGAAUCGCUAUAACAUGGUAUUCGUUCCAUUUACCGGCGUCAACAAUCAUUGGAAGAAUGUCACUUUCGCUGCUGGCCUUAUUGCGAAAGAGAAUUAUAAGAAUUUUAAAUGGCUGAUUCUUUCAUUCAAGGAGGCAAUGGGACGUGUUCCGUACUGUGUAAUUACGGACCAAUGUCCUGCUAUUAAAAAAGCAUUGAGACUACAUUGGGAUGUGGCAAAACAUAGGCUUUGUAUGUGGCACAUAAUGAACAAGCUCCCUGCAAAGAUUGGUCCCACUCUUUCCUCGGACAAGAAAUUCAUGAAUAAAUUGAAGGCGACUGUUUAUUCUGAACAUUCAACGCCUGCUCAGUUUGAGGAAUCUUGGAAGGAUGUCAUUGCAGAAUAUAAAUUAGAAGGGAAUAAAUGGUUGGCUAAAAUGUUCAGAGACCGGCGACAGUGGAUUCCUGCAUAUUUUGGGGAUGUGGAGAUGGCUGGUCUGUUGAGGACAACAUCAAGAUCUGAAAGUUCUAAUUCCUUUUUUCAACAUUUUCAUGAGAGUGGUGAUACACUUGUUGAAUUUUAUUCCAGUUUUGAAAGUGCAAUGGAUAAGCAGCGUCUAUCUACCACAGAUGAUGAUAAAAAAUCACGUGAAACUCCUCGAAUGGAGACGACGAUGCCUAUUGAGAAGGAUGCAGCUGAUGUUUAUACGUUGUCGAUAUACUACCUCGUAAGAGAUGAGAUAACAUCAGCUUGUUUCCAUACCAGCAUGCCUGAAAUGCAUAUUGAAAAUGACACCCGUCAUUUCACAUGUGUGGAUGAUAUGCUGAAAGGGAAAGUGUUUAAGGUCUCUAUUAGGCUCAGCGAUAACACAGUUGAUUGCAGUUGCAAGUGCUUUUUUCGAAAGGGUUAUUUGUGCAGGCAUUCUUUCGCAGCUUUAAAACAAUGUGGCGUGCAUAGUAUACCUCGUCAAUAUGUAAAGGCACGGUGGACCAAAGAUGCUGUUAGAAAUCAUUCAUCGCUGGGACGUCCAAGUACUGAUGUAAAUAGCGGUACAGGUCAGAAUAUAAAACUUAAAAGGACAAGGGCAUGUUUUGAGUUUCAGACUUUCAUGGAUUACGCAUGGGAUGAUGAGGAAAAAAUUGACAAACUCAUGGCAGCAUUGCAAGAUAUAAACAGCAGCAUUUUCAGCAAAGAUUGCAGCCACGAGAACAUUGGUGAUGCUCAUCGCGCAGACAAGUUUGUAGGUCCUAUCCCGCUGGAGGAACCAUCGACUCUCAAUCCGCUCUCAAGUAGGAAUAAAGGUUGUGGAUCUCGCCUAAAGAGCAGCAUGGAAAUUUCAAUGAAAACCAAAAAAAUGCGUACCUGUGGUAUUUGCCACAAAAUUGAUGGCCACAAUGCUAGGACCUGCCCUGUGGCAAAGAAAUAAAAAUUCCCCUAGAAUGCUUCUUUUUA